CUAAUUCAGAUCUAGUUCAUGUCGGUGAAUGUGAUCCACACCUGGAUCCGAAAGACCGACCCGCUAUUUCGAUUUUCGAGUAACUAGAUUUCACUCGAAGCCAAAAUUUCACAUUGCAGCGAGGCCUAGCUAGCGGUACACAGGUACGAAAGGAAAUUCUCGGAUUUCGCUUUCAAAACCCUAACAAUUGACUUCUCCGCUAAGUAAUUGCGACGAACGAGAAAGUAAAUCUUGAACUUACAUUUGGAUUAGAAGUAAGUAAAUAUGGAUUUUGAUGAAUAUGAGUAUUUAGAAAACACGGUUGAAAAUCCUAAGACGCAAAAGACGAAGAAGGAAAACCGUAACGGCAGCGUUGAUAAUGUCAAAUUCGAGGAGAGGAAUCGGAGUCGUAGUUCAAAGCAUAAGCGGGAGGAGAGACUUGAUGAUCGUCGCCGAUCCAAGCGCUCAAAAUCACAAGAUGAGUCAUCACGUGAUCAUGACCGACACAAGGAACGAGGCGCAUCUCGUCAGCGGUCAGAGUCCAGAGAUGGCGAGAAGGAUAGGCACAGGAGUAACCGAGAACACAGAGACAAGGACAGGGAUAGGGAGGAUAGGAAUAGGAGGGGCAGAGAGAAGGAACAUGAACGAGAAAGGAAAGAGCGUUAUCUUGAGAGUGAGAGGAACAGGGAAAGGGAGAGAGAGCGGUCACGGAGAAGCAGCAGUCGAUCAGAAAGAGAACAAGAGAAGAGUCGGGACAGGGAGUUUAGAGAAAAAGAAAAGGAGAGAGAGUCAAGGGAACGAGACAGAGGCAGCAGAUGUGCUAGAGCAAUCUUCAGAUGGUCUUUCUGGCAAUUGGGCCAGGCACUGGAACACAGGAGGUAUAAAGACAAAAAGGCAGAUGUGGCAGAGCCUGAGAUUGAUCCAGAAAGGGAUCAGAGAACUGUAUUUGCUUAUCAAAUACCCUUGAAGGCUAAUGAAAAAGAUAUUUAUGAGUUCUUCUCUAGGGCUGGCAAGGUACGAGAUGUUCGCCUCAUACUGGAUCGAAAUUCAAGACGUUCGAAGGGGGUUGGGUAUAUUGAAUUCUAUGAUGUAAUGUCAGUUCCUAUGGCAAUAGCACUCUCUGGACAGCCUCUUCUUGGUCAAUCAGUGAUGGUGAAACCAUCAGAAGCCGAGAAGAAUCUUGUUCAGUCAACUACAUCUGUGGCAGCUGGACAGACAGGUCCACAUGCUGGUGGGGCUAGAAGGUUGUAUGUUGGCAACCUGCAUUUCAACAUAACAGAAGAUCAACUUCGGCAGGUUUUUGAACCCUUUGGUUCGGUGGAGCUGGUUCAGUUGCCUCUUGAUGAAAAUGGUCAAUGUAAAGGUUUUGGUUUUGUCCAGUUUACCCAGCUGGAAGAUGCUAAGAAUGCAUUGAAUUUGAAUGGACAGCUGGAGAUUGGAGGUCGAGUAAUCAAGGUAUCAACUGUUACCGAUCAAGGUCCAUUGCAAGAUGUUGGGACAAAUGCCACUGAUCUUGAUGAUGACGAUGGUGGUGGCUUGUCUCUUAAUUCAUCAUCUCGAGCACUUCUCAUGGCGAAGUUGGAUCACAGUGGCACUGCAUCAAGUAUUACUGGAUCAGUAGGCAUGCCUGUUAAUAGCACUGGCCUUACUGCAUCAACAGCACCAAUCCUUGGUGCUGCUGCACCUGUGGUACCAGCCCUUGUCCCUCCUACUGUGCAGGCCUCUGUUCCUACAAUAUCUGGACUUCCAGGUGGUCCACAACUCCCUACUAAUGGGAUUCCUAUCAACACAAUUGGAAUCCCAAGUGAAUGCCUAUUGUUAAAGAAUAUGUUUGAUCCAAAACUGGAGACUGAACCAGAUUUUGAUUUGGAUAUCAAAGAAGAUGUCAAAGAAGAAUGUUCAAAAUUUGGUAAUUUAAAGCAUAUAUAUGUGGACAGGGAUAGUGCUGGUUUUGUCUACUUACGUUUCAAAGAUACGCAAGCUGCAAUUAAUGCACAACGGAACCUACAUGGAAGAUGGUUUGCUGCAAAAAUGAUUACUGCAACAUUCAUGGUGCCGCAAACCUACGAGGCAAAGUUUCCGGACAGCGACAGAUACUUGGAUGAUGUCUAACCUAAGGCUGUUUUUGAACUCGAGGAGGGUCAAAUUUCCGUGGAAUUAUAAAUCCCUUGCAACUUUAUAUCUCCCAGGAACCUGUAUGGGAAUUUCAAAAAUGGAAUUGGAUGCAGUAUUCGUACUAACAUGAUUUUUUCAUGUUUGAUAUACCACUGCAAGAAGGUAGGAAUAGUUGUGUUUUUUGUGUAUAAAUAGUAAUUGUCGCUGAUGACAAUGAAAUUCCUAUAAAGCGGUUAUGGUAGCUAAAAUUUUUCUAUCAUCUAAUGCAAAAAAAAAAA